CAAAGGAAGCAAAAAAAGAAAAGUUUAGUAGAAAGAGCAGCCUUAGAGACCUUUUUUUUACUUAAGCCAGUUUAGAAAGAAUCCAAGGGAAGUUUCUUACAAAGUCCCACAUUUUAAACAAAUCUUUCGUGUCUAAAUUAACUCAUAAUUAUACCACUGUCUUUCUUCAGAGAAAACCUUCUCUUUUUGGUUUUAAGAAAAGGUUCAAAGUUUCUUGGUUUUGAUCACUUUCUUGCUCUAAAGUAUUGUUGUUGUUAGAUAAAACAAAAAAGAAUAAUGGGUCUUGGAGGAACAUUGGAAUACAUAUCUGAUAUAAUGAGCAGUGAUAAGCCAAAGAAGAAGAAGAAGCAGUUUAGUACAGUGGAACUCAAAGUCAGGAUGGAUUGUGAUGGCUGUGAACUUAAAGUCAAGAAUGCUCUUUCUUCCAUGAGUGGAGUGAAAUCAGUGGAAAUAAACAGGAAACAACAGAAGGUGACAGUAACAGGAUAUGUGGAAGCAAACAAGGUGUUAAAGAAAGCAAAGUCAACAGGGAAGAAGGCAGAGAUAUGGCCUUAUGUACCCUACAAUUUGGUAGCCCAGCCCUACGCUGCGCAAUCUUAUGACAAGAAGGCACCUCCUGGCUAUGUCAGGAGGGUCGAACAAAACCCAACCACUGGAACAGUUGGGAGAUUUGAGGACCCUGCCUAUACCACCAUGUUUAGUGAUGACAACCCUAAUGCUUGCUCUAUCAUGUAGUUAAUUACUAGUAAUGUUAUGAAGGGAAAGCUAAUGAAAGUUGGCAUGAGUAAACGCAAGUGUAGAAAUUUGGAAAUUUUCUUUAUGGGGUUGAAAGGCUAGUAUUGUGUAAGUUUUGCAUGGGUGUUAGUGGGAUUUGUGUUGGGUUUUUGGAUACAAUCUGGAGUGAUUGAGCCUACUACUUCUUGUAUAAUAGAAUAUUACAUUGUCAUUUUGAA